CAGGCGCAAAGAAAAGCAGAAGUGGAAACCUUGGAGACUUGACCCUCCUCCUUGAAGGGGCCUGAAGCCGCCUGGCACUGCCAUGGGUGAUGUCUGUGCGGAGAAGAUGAGGUGGCCGGACCAGGCCAUGUGGCUGCCGUUGGCUCUGCUGCUUCUCUGGGUCCCAGACUGUUCCUCUAUAAGUGGCCCCACCUCCAUGACGGGCACCUUGGGGAGUUCCCUGAUCGUGCAGUGUUCAUAUGAAGAGCAAUUAAGAACACAUUUCAAAUACUGGUGCAAAAAGCCAUGUUUUUGGAAAACUGUGGAGACCAAACAGUCAAGCAAAGAAGUGAGGAAGGGCCGCGUAUCCAUCAGGGACCAUCCUGCAAACCUCACCUUCAUAGUGACCUUGGAGAACCUCACAGAGGAUGAUGCAGGAACAUACCGAUGUGGGAUCGAUACGUCCUGGUUAGGAGGAUAUUUGCAAGACCCCGCCGUCCACAUUGUGGUGUCUGUGAUCCCGGCAACAACGUCCGCCCCACCCGCAAACAUCACUGUAACCCAGAUCUCAACAAUCACAGCUGGAAUCACGACCAUGCCGUCCUCAUCCUCACCCACUGUCCCCAUCACCAUGGGAGCCACCCACAGUGCAAGCAGCCAAGAGGAGUUCCAGCAAAGCCAGGGCGUGGGGUGAGGUCCUCUGUCCCCUGUCCCUUGUCCUGGAGGUAGGCCCUCGCCUCAGGAGUUGCUCAGGGCCAGGGGAAGCCUCGAGGUGGGGAUGGCAGGAAAGGAACUUCUAAUGAGGGCUGAUGCUCCUACCAGGGAUGUGCUAAAUGCCCUACACGUCACUAGGGCCCUGGGCCGU